AGGAAACACCACUCCACUUGCUAUUCCCAUCCCCAUCUUUACUGGGGAAAAUUAUGAUGUUUGGAGUAUUAAGAUGAAGACAUAUUUUUUGUCUCAAGACUUAUGGGACAUUGUUAAUUAUGAAAACUAUUUAGAGAUCAGCGGCUCCACUCUAUCUGAACAACAACAGGAGCAGUUGAAAGAAAGUAAGAAAAAUGAUGCAGCAGCACUUUUCAUCCUUCAACAAGCGGUGGAUGAUAAUAUUUUCCGCAAAAUUUCUCGUGCUCAGAAGGCGAAUGAAGCAUGGGACGCUUUGAGAGAGGAGUUCCAAGGCAAUCCUCAGACUACCGCCUUAGCGGAAGGGAGAGAGCCGGAGGAUUUCAAGAAAUACCUGCCAUUAUACAAAGCUAUACUCGAAGGCGAUCUGAAAUCUGUACAACAACUCUGUGAUGGGGAUAAGAAUGCGUUUGAAGCCAGGAUUACGGUAAACUUGGACACAGCUCUUCAUGUAGCUGUUGGGACAGGCAAGGCCAAUCAUAUUGUGGAGUAUCUAUUGAAUCAGAUGUCAAUGGGUCAAGUGUCAAUGAAAAAUGAAGAGGGUAACACGGUCCUUUCCGUUGCUGCAAUUGUUGGCAAUGUCCGAGCAGCCCGCAUGAUAAAGAAGAAAGAUAAAAAUCAAACUUUAAUUCAAGAUUCAAACAAGUCUAAAAGGAUACCUUUGAUUGAGGCCACUCGACAUGGCCAAAAGAAGAUGAUCAACUAUUUAUUGGAAUUCAGCAAAAAAGAUUUGGCUUAUGAUUCUGCAACACGUUUUACAUCGCGUGUUCAUUUCGUAAAAUUGCUUAUAAUUGCUGAAUUUUAUGACUUGGCGUUAGACUUGAUUAAAGAACAUCCAAGUUUAGCGACAAUGACAUUUUAUGGUGGUGAAUCUCUGUUGAGUGAAAUAACCAAAAAGCCAUCAGCAUUUCUAAGUGGAGGAACAAAAAAGUUACCGUUUUGGGGAUUAGUCGGCGUUUCUAAGGUUACAAGUUAUACGAAAAAAAUAAGAGAGACAAAGUUGAUGCGUGAUUACAAAGUACUUGAACUUGUCAAACACUUGUGCAAGGUAAUUGCAGACGAUAAAAACGAUUAUAGAACAACUUCUUUGAUACUAAAACGACCUCUCCUUUUAGGGGCAGAAAUGGGGGUCUGUGAAAUUGUGGAAGAGAUUAUAAAGUCAUAUCCUGAUGCAAUCUGGUUUACGAAUGAAAAGAAUCAAAAUCUGUUCCACUUAGCAGUCAUGAAUCGUCAAGAGAAAGUAUUUAACCUCAUAUAUCAAAUGACUGAUCACAAACAUUUGUUAUUAAUGUCUCAAGACGUGGACAAGAACAACAUCUUGCAUUUAGCUGGAAAGCUAGCUCCUGAAAAUAAACUAAAUGUCAUUGCUGGUGCAGCUUUUCAAAUGCAGUGUGAGUUACAGUGGUAUAAGGUAAGACUUCUGAUAUAAACAUUGAAAUAGCUGCUUUUUGCACUACUGCAUGACUAUGGGGGGAGUGAAAACUAAGAUAUAUAUAUAUAACGAUGUUAAAUUAGUUUAACUCGUUAAUGAAUCUAAGCUUCCUUACACAAAAUUAAUUUAUACAUUACCAGUGAAUGCGCCUUAGAUUCAGUUUUUCAUCCUCCUAACCAAGUAGACAUGUUUUGGGUGAUGUUCAAAGACAGUUG